AGUGGGAGGGAUUAUCCACCAAGUAGGGCAAGUGGCUGAGGCUAAGGACUGCAAUUCCAUCGAGCCUAGUUCAUUUCAGUCAUCGGCUCAGUGCACAGACGGGACAAGGAGAGCAAUUCCACCGCCGCCUAUUUGUCAAAGCCCCCCCCCAACCCCAACAAAAAAAAAAGAGAGCCUAAAGUGAAAAUGGUAAAGUACAUGCGACAGCACAGCGAGCUGAAACCCGAAGAGGCUCCGUCGGAGUCUGACGCGUUCAUGGACCAGCAAGAUUUCGGAGAAUUGUCCGACUAUUCUCUCAGCGACGUUUUAUACUCCAAAUGUUCCGCAAUGGACCAAAUCGGCACUUUCAUGAAGAACGUGCAAGUGCUGCUCGAUGCCGCAAAUUACAUAGAAAAUGUCGAGAAGAGCAACGGAAAAUGUGAGCACGGGUAUGCUUCGACGUACCCUGAAACCCAGACUGCACAUCAUCAGAAACAGCGUAAAUUCAAGAACAGGAAAUUGGACAAUAUUAACAAUAGGUCAGCACACAAUGAACUGGAAAAAAAUAGACGAGCACAUCUCCGCCUGUGUUUGGAGAGGUUGAAGUCCCUCAUCCCUCUGGGACCAGAAAGCAGUCGGCACACCACACUAGGACUGCUGAACAAGGCCAAAGCACAUAUCAAGAAACUUGAAGAGAUGGACCGGAGGAGUCUGCACCAGCUGGAGACCUUAGAGAGGGAACAGAGGCACCUGCAGAGGCAGCUAUCCCAGCUGCAGACUCAUGGAGACCGGGACCGGGUCCGUACGGACAGCCAGGGCUCCCACAUGGACUCUGACCACUCCGAGUCCGACAGAGAGGAGAUUCAAGUUGAUGUCGAAAGCACUGAGUUCUCCCAUGGAGAAAUGGACAGCGUAAGCACCAGUGGUGCAAGUGACCUGGAUGACCACAGCAGCCGGCAGAGCUCCGCCAGUGAUGAGGGCUACUCCACAUGCAGUCUAAAACUGGCCUUCUCCGCUUGAAGCACCAGCCUAUAUGUUUACUUCUCGGCUGCAGUCCUUUAUGGCUCUCACCAGUACCAGCCGGCAGCUCCAUUCUCCCUUUACAGUGUAGGGUUACCUGUCUCCAUAAGAAGAACCAGCCUCGAUCCCAUCUUUACCUGACAAAUGAAAUGUCUACUCCAUCUCCUCUCUCCUCCCCCCCCCCCCCAUGAGAACCAGCCUUAAGUUCAACACUCUCCUUCCAAAAGCCACGGGGCUCCUCCACAUCAGUCUGAAACAUUUUACACGACAUUUUACAGCCUCCAAUUUAACUUCUCUGGCAAUACAGAGCUUCUUCAUUUUCAGAGUUGACUUAAACCAAUUACCUGAAUGUCCCUUAACCCAUUACCAGCUUGAAUCAACCAUACCUGCACUCAAUACUGACCCCGUAGAGGACCCACGCACCAGUGUCCAACACUGAAGGGGGAACUCUACCUUUUUAGUGAAGUUCAUCCUCCGAAACCAGCAAAAAAAAAGAAAAACACACACACUAAAAACGCAACACCAGCUAGAAGCUCAACAUUGUGAACGUUUGCUCCAUUUGCCUUGUAAUAACAUUGCCCUUUUUCUCUGGAUAAUAUAUCCAGAUGGCACUUCUCGACAGUGUGCAAGCCAGUGGCAAGGGCUACAGUGUCUGCAUUCCAACAUGUUUCUUAAAACUCCUAGACCCUUUGCUUUAAGACGCACACCCAUCACUGAUCCACGUGGCGUCCCUUCUCUUGACUGAAAUCCAGUUGUAUCCAAACAGGUGGUGCGGUCCACCCUUGUUAUUCUAAUUUAUUUUGCAUAUGAUUAUAGUAUUUAUUUUUGGUAUAUUUAAUUUUUCUGUAGCUAGGUAUUUGGUGAUGCUUGAAAAGAAAGAAAGAAGAAAAAAACCUCUGCUGUUAGUUUUUCUUCACGUUGUUUUAAAAAAAAUAGUUUACCAAAUUACUUGACAAGAAAUUUAAGCCCAACCGAAGGUUUUAAUGCAUCGCUUCAGGUUUUGUUGAAACAAUGACAUCUUUACAUUUGAUUUGGACAGUAACACGCUAUCCCGUACUUGUCAGCAAUAAAGCGUCUACUUUCAUCACAACUGUAAUGUUGGUUGUGUUUAACACACUAUUCUGUCCGUCCAACACCAAAUUGCAGUUUGCUAGUUAAACACUUGCCCAAGUAGUAAUCAAUUUUAAUAUUCAGUAGGAAAAAAAACGAUUGUGAUUUUUUUUAAAAGAAGAAAAAAAGAAGCUAUGGUGCAUGUGUAUUGAAUGUAGCUAUCAUGUUGUAAUGUGCUUUGGAUUGACAAGUCUUAAAUGUCUGUAGCAUGAACAUAAACACUACAGAAUACCCAUUUUGAUUUAUACUUCAAUGUUUUAACACUAUCAUUUAUGUAUCGUAGCAUAAAAAGAACAAGUUCAAAUCCUUGACAUUUGGAGACUUCCCAUUACUAAUGAUAUGUAUUUUGGACACAUAAUUGCACUGCUGACCUGUUAAGAGUCCAUGAAACCAAAUAAGACAUUUCAAUAUGACCAUUCAAAUGCUUUUUUUUGGUCCAAGUUCUAAGGAGAUCACCACCAAAUUGUGUCUUAACAUGGGUAUGUCUCUUGCACAAAGUUCCUUGUUACAGGUCUCCCCCCCCAACCUGUUUGGGAAUCUAUAAAAUGCACUAUGAAAAAGACUUUUGUUCAGGAAGUAUGUUAAAGCACACCCCAGAAUGUUUUCUCGUGUGUUAAUCAGCAAUCCAAGGUGACUUUUCUGCAAAACAUGCUGCUGGUCCCCUCCUAGUCAGUCUUACAGUUCCUGAUAACUGUCCCUGGAAUCUUA